GGGAGAGAAACAGAGGGAGGGGGAAAAGAGAGGAAGCAAUUUUUUGCGAGAGGUUUUUCAUAAGAAAACAAACUUGGAGAAAAGAUAUAACGAAAGUAAAGUUCGGGAAAGAGAGAAUCACACUGAUGAAGAUAAAUGCCUAGAAUGAGAAGGAGCUAGGCAAGAGAGGAAAGAACGAGAGAAAACUAACUUCACAUACUCAGUACACUGUAGUGGAUGAAAGUAUUAAAAAUUAAUACUGCUUCAGGCCUGGGGCCUAUCAAAAAGAAAAAGUCCCUUAAAAGACCAUGACCUCAAACCUGGAUUCCAGUUUGACUAGUAUUGACUGGCUCCCGCAACUGGGAAUCAGUGGCCUGCGAUCCGGGAGAGAGAGACGAGAGAAAGAAGGGAAGAGAGAGCAAGGAAGGGAGAGAGAAGUCCCCCCGUCCAUCCUUCCACCUUCUUUCCCUCCAUCCAAAGGGAAGCCCCCCCACAGCUACGCUACCCUCAUUGCCAUGGCAAUAGAAGCAGCUCCAGAGAGGAAGCUGAGUCUAAAUGACAUUUACACCUGGAUCAGCGAACAUUUUCCCUACUAUAACAGGGUGGGGAGGGGCUGGAAGAACUCUAUUCGUCACAAUCUCUCUCUUAAUAAAUGCUUCCGUAAAGUUCCAAGGCCUCCAGGUGACCCAGGAAAGGGUUCCUAUUGGACAAUGGACAAACAACCCGAGCAUAUCAUGCCGUUACAGUUAAGAGGAACCAAACGUCCUCAUCCAGAAGAGGAAGGGGAGGUUUCCAAACCAUCUGUUCUACAGGAAGAGAAAGUGAAGUCCACAAUAGAGACCAUUCCAACAGCAGUGCCUCACAGAGACUCCUUGGGCUCCCCUGUCUGUAAGCAAGCUCCUCCUGCUCUCCCUCCACCAGUGCCCCCUGUCUCCCUCCCCACACACACCUCCACGGAGCCAUCCUCUCAGUUCUCCUUCGCUGACCUCAACCUCCCAGACCUCUACGCCUCCUUCCAGUCCCUGUGUAGGACAGUGAGAGAGCGUGUCUCCUCCCAGUCUGAUAUCGCUCCCUUUACUGGGAUGCCCAGCGACAGUGCCCCCCUCCACACACCAACCCUACCCCCGCUGACACCCAACCAGUGCCCACCUGAAUCGGACAGGUCCGCACCCAGCAACAUGUUACCAGCAGACUGGUUCAGUACCGCAGACUCUCUGAAGGAGAGUUUCCGAGUCGCCAGCAGCCUAGACUGGGCUAAUAUCGACCUUUCGAAUCACCCAGACCUGCUGGAGAGCAUGCGCCAGGCGGAGCUCUGUGAUUGGGCCCUGGAUCCUACGCUCUUCACCUCACUGUGUGAUUCGCUGAACCGUUUCUUCACAAAGAAUGGGCUCAUAGGCUCCGCCCCCAGCCAUAACCCGUCUCUGCCUCCGUAUGUAGCUAACCCUCCUUCGACCCCUCCCUCUCUAGCCAGCCUGACUCACCCCUCUCCCCUUACUUUUCCUCCCCCCCUGCCUCCUGCCACCAGCAACCCUCUUCUCCAGCCACCAAGAAGGGCACAGCCACUGCAGAGGUUGCCUACAACACAGUCAUCCCACAUUUCACCUCUGCCAACCAACUCGGCCGUCCAGCCCCAGCCUCUCACCCCCACCAGCCGACCCCCAAUAAAGCACCUCCAUAGCAACAGCGAGGAGAUCCAGGAUGACUUUGAUUGGGAUUCGUUAAUUGUCUGAGAAAUAAGAGACUGGAUUUGUGCAGUGUGUUCACAUUUUAAGAAUGGAUUAAACACUAUAGUCAAGUUACACUGAUACGGCGAGCGACACACAAUAUAUGCAUUAACUGCACUAAGAAAGAUGUGCCAUUUUGUAUUAAAAGGCUGAAAUUUCUCCUCAGUUCACAAAACCUUUGGCAGGGUUGAAACAUCUUACUUGCGUAACACAUGGUUAUACAUUAUUACACAAGCUUAUGGAAAUACAUACUACUACAUAUUACACUUUUCUGUUAGAAUAUUUUAUCUAUCCUGUCCAUUCUUUCAUAUUUUAAUAAACAGGAUCAAUGCUUGAAAUA